GAAAUAUAACGGCUACAGUUUUGCUGUCGCAAUUUACGAACAUAAAUAAUGACAUUAUUCAAUUGUUUAUCUAUUUAAAACAACAACAAAAAAACAACUUUUAGAUGUUGAAUGUCCUUUUAAGCCAUGGGCCUACCUAAGAUUCAAAUUCCUAAGAUUGAAAUAUUUCAACAGUUAAAAGACAGAAUUUAUAUCUGUAUUUUCUGUGGAAUCUGUAUAUCAUAUUUUAUCCUUGGCAUGGUGGCCUGUGGCGUAGGAGUGAAGGCUCUGGAGGUAAGCAGUGGGAUGGCAGGUCUGGCCACGGUGCGCUGGAAACAUUACGAAAGUGACCCGGGACUGCUGAGAGGUGCGGCCUCCGUUCUGGUCACCGGCGCAGUUUUCCUCUUUGUGGCCGGGUUCCUUGGACUAUUUGGUAUAUAUAAGAAGAAUAGAAAGGUCCUCAAGGCAUUCAAUAUCAUAUUGGUGCUGCUGGUGUUGGAGCAGGUGGUGGCGGGUCUGCUUGCAGUACAAAUGAAAGGGGACUUAAUGUUCACACUGCAAACGGCGCUAUUAAAUAGCAUAGAAAAUGACUACGACGGAAAACGGGAUAGUGAAAGUUUCUUCUCCAGAGCAUUAGAUUAUGCACAGAUUUAUUUCGAAUGCUGCGGGAUUAAUUCGUACACAAACUUUGAAGAAGCUAAGAAGUGGCCUGAACGCAACAAAAAGGUCGCACCACUGUCCUGCUGCAUUCUGAAGGACAAGAACGAUUUCUAUGAUAACGAUGUCAUAGUACCUAAAUACACCUCGUGUAAAACACAGCCCGAUUUUACCAAUUCUAACAUCGGUAUGUCGUGCUUAGACGAUAUCACAGAAUUUCUGGUCCAAAAAACUAACACUGUGAUUGGGAUUGCCUUCUCCAUUGUCAUGUUAGAGGUUGUCGGGGUCAUGAUGGCCAUAACCUUUGGUGAUAACAUUCAGUUGGCUGAGAAGAGGAAAUCUAAAGAGGCGAAAGAAAGACUGAUACCCAAGGAGGUUAAACCCAACCUGAGCACCAACCUCACAGAGGUUAAAGCAGAGAUUAACGCUUCACUACAACCCGACCCUGAAACAGAGGGACAUCCCUCCUCCAUCCUUGCUCAAUUCCAGUUCUCUGAGAUAAAGCCUGCACUACAACCCAAUCCUGAGACGGAGGGACCUCCGUCCUCCAUCCCUGCUCCACCCCAGAUCCCUGAAACAAAACCUGCACUACAACCCAACCUUGACACAGAGGGACCUCCGUCCCCCGUCCCUGCUCCUCCCCAGAUUCCCGAGACAAAGCCUGCACUACAACCCAACCCUGAGACAGAGGGACAUCCGUCUUCCAUCCCUGCUACACCCCAGAUCCCCGAGACAAAGCCUGCACUACAACCCUAAGACAGAGGGACAUCUGUCCUCCACCCCUGCUACACCCCAGAUCCCCGAGACAAAGCCUGCACUACAACCCUGAGACAGAGGGACAUCCGUCCCCCAUCCCUGCUACACCCCAGAUCCCCAAGACAAAGCCUGCACUAUAACCUGACCCUGAGACAGAGGGUUAUCCAUCCUCCAUCCCUGCUCCAUCCCAGAUCCCCGAGACAAAACCUGCACUACAACCCAACCCUAAUACAGAGGGAUAUCCAUCCUCCAUCCCUGCUCCAUCCCAGAUCCCCGAGACGAAACCUGCACUACAACCUGACCCUGAGACAGAGGGACAUCCAUCCUCUAUCCCUGCUCCACCCCAGAUCCCCGAGACCAGGCCUGCUCUACAACCCAACCCUGUGACAAAGGGACAUCCGUCUUCCAUCCCUACUACACCCCAGAUCCCCGAGACAAAGCCUGCACUACAACCCAACCCUGAGACAGGGACAUCUGUCUUCCAUCCCUGCUCCACCACAGAUCCCCAAGACAAAGCCUACACUACAACCCUGAGACGGACAUCCAUCCUCUAUCCCUGCUCCAUCCCAGAUCCCCGAGACAAAGCCUGCACUACAACCCAACCCUGAGACAGAGGGACAUCUGUCUUCCAUCCCAGCUCCACCCCAGAUCCCCGAGACAAAGCCUACACUACAACCCUGAGACAGAGGGACAUCCAUCCUCUAUCCCUGCUCCACCCCAGAUCCCCGAGACAAAGCCUGCACUACAACCCAACCCUGAGACAUCUGUCUUCCAUCCCAGCUCCACCCCAGAUCCCCGAGACAAAGCCUACACUACAACCCUGAGACAGAGGGACAUCCAUCCUCUAUCCCUGCUCCACCCCAGAUCCCCGAGACAAAGCCUGCACUACAACCCAACCCUGAGACAGAGGGACAUCUGUCUUCCAUCCCAGCUCCACCCCAUAUCCCCGAGACAAAGCCUACACUACAACCCUGAGACAGAGGGACAUCCAUCCUCUAUCCCUGCUCCACCCCAGAUCCCCGAGACAAAGCCUGCACUACAACCCAACCCUGAGACAGAGGGACAUCUGUCUUCCAUCCCAGCUCCACCCCAGAUCCCCGAGACAAAGCCUACACUACAACCCUGAGACAGAGGGACAUCCAUCCUCUAUCCCUGCUCCACCCCAGAUAUCCGAGACAAAGCCUGCACUACAACCCAACCCUGAGACAGAGGGACAUCUGUCUUCCAUCCCAGCUCCACCCCAGAUCAAGCCUACACUACAACCCUGAGACAGAGGGACAUCCAUCCUCUAUCCCUGCUCCACCCCAGAUAUCCGAGACAAAGCCUGCACUACAACCCAACCCUGAGACAUCUGUCUUCCAUCCCAGCUCCACCCCAGAUCCCCGAGACAAAGCCUACACUACAACCCUGAGACAGAGGGACAUCCAUCCUCUAUCCCUGCUCCACCCCAGAUCCCCGAGACAAAGCCUGCACUACAACCCAACCCCGAGACAGAGAGACAUCUGUCUUCCAUCCCAGCUCCACCCCAGAUCCCCGAGACAAAGCCUACACUACAACCCUGAGACAGAGGGACAUCUGUCCUCCAUCCUCGCUUCACCCUACUUAAUUAUUGCAACUUCACGCCAUUGUUUCACUCCUCACCACUGCACCCCACACUAUUACUCCUCGUGACUGCACCUUGCUGGCCCCAUGCCGCACCACUCGCAUGACCCAUUCCACCCAAAUGACACCCUCCAGACCACUACCCUCCUCCACUAAUCUACUUUCUACCCUCAUCUGCUCCCACUCCACCUGUUACCCCUCCCCCUAAUUCUCACCACUACCUGCCCAAUCCACUGCCACGCCACCCCAUCCUGCCAUAAGUCAGUCCCCCAUUGACCCACCCCUAUCCAUCUUCAUCUACCUCACUUCACACACUCCUACUUCCCAUUACCACCUGUUGUACUCCUCGUGACGGCCCCACUCUAAACCACCCCUACUUCAUCCCUCCUACCUUAUUACCACCCUACCCUUUUCAUAACCCCAGUCCCAGAGAUGCCAACAUGUCGAAACGGUUUUCAGGAAUCUUAAAAGCCAUUUUCAGGAAUAUGAUAGUAUUUUCAGGAAUCUUUACAUUCUUUAUCACUACAUGUGAACUAAAUCCUGAGAUGACAACUGAACAUUUUUUUAAAGUAUAGUACCUUUAUUUACAGUGAAAUAAACAUGUUUCUGGCAUGA